AUGGACAUCCAAUCUCCUGAUUUGGAAGCCACUACUCCAGAGAAUUUGUCCAAUAACAUGAAGCACAUUAUACUGACUGAGGAUGAUAGACAACGAAUGUACAACCCUUGGAAGUACUCUCUCAUCAUCAAACUCAUGGGUAAAUGGCUAGUACCUAACUACUUAAAGAGGAAAACCCAAGAGCUUUGGAAGAUAGAUGAAAACAUCCCACUAAUAGAUCUUGGGAAAGAUUACUACACCGUCAAAUUGGCUAAGGAGGAAAGCAUGACUAGAAUACUACAUGAUGGACCUUGGUUCAUCAAUGGGUUUUUCCCGUCAGUGCAAAAAUGGGUGCCUAAUUUUGUAGCCACUAAGGCAUAUCAAAGUUAUACUGUCGUUUGGGUAAGAUUACCACAACUCUCCACGGAAUUUUAUGAUGGCAUAAUCCUAACAAAAAUUGGAAACUACAUUGGCAAACUACUUAAAGUGGAUGCAUGCACAUCGGCCACGCCAAGAGGCAUAUAUGCGAGGCUUUGGGUGGAAUUACCACUGGAGCAGCCAGUGCAAAACCUUAUAAUGAUUGGCCACCACAAUCAACCUAUACUUUAUGAAGGGGAAGAUUUUUUGUGCAAGGUCUGUGGAAGGCUGGGCCACUCGAGCACAAUCUGCUCAUAUAGGACUACACCUAUCAGACAUAAUGGGGGUCCAUUACCAUUGGAGACACCACAACCUAAGGAUGAAAUUACACAGGAGUGGAUGGCAGUCUCUUUCCCCAGGAAAAAUAAAUCUAAAGCAGCCAAUCAAUCUACGGAUAAGGCUAGUUCCUCAAUCGCACCAGGUAUUAAAGUUCGCAUGUAUGAUGCCUUGUCAGGAAAGCAUCUAAAUACGUAG